CGUCCGGGCCGGAAGCGCGGCGGCGGUUGCGCAGAGGGGGCCUGGCGGCGGGAGCGGCACCUCCUUUCAUAUGCGCCGUAAAAAUGGCAGAAACAGCUCCUGAUGCUUCUGAGAAACUGGUUGUCAUCCACUCCAAGGCUCACAAAGAUACCAUUCUAGCUAAUUUUGAAGAACAAAGGAAAAAGGAUUUUCUUUGUGACAUUACGCUGAUAGUGGAGAAUGUGCAAUUCAGAGCCCAUAAAGCUUUGCUUGCUGCCAGCAGUGAAUACUUCUCCAUGAUGUUUGUAGAUGAGGGUGAAAUAGGGCAGUCGAUUUACAUGUUGGAGGGGAUGGUUGCAGACACCUUUGGGGCACUGCUGGAAUUUAUCUACACUGGCUGCCUCCGCGCCAGCGAAAAAAGCACAGAACAAAUCCUGGCUACUGCGCAGCUGCUGAAAGUGACUGACUUGGUUUGGGCCUGUACAGACUAUCAGGCCAGCCAUAGCCCAAGCAGUGCGUUACCAGCUCCAGCUAACAGUGGAGCCUCUGUAGCCGUUGUUGCAAGUGACAAGAAAAAUGAAGACCCACCAAAGCGAAAACGAGGGCGACCGAGGAAAGUCAAGAACGUCCAAGAAGAAAAAUCGGCUGCAAAUUCUACCGAAGAUGUGCAGCUGAGAGAGAAUAACUCCAUGCAAAAUAAGCAAAAUUUUAUGAAGAAAGACACCGCAGAAGAAGAAACAGUUGUCAGCGAACAGGAUCCAGCGAGUAAAGAUGCAGAAGAAACUGAACCUGCUUGUGGCUCAGAAGCUGCUGUUGAUCUGUCAGCUGAGAAGGAUGAGAAUUAUGAUCCCAAAUCUGAAGGAGUACAGAGCACUCAGAGCCGUUACAGCAAACGUAGAAUAAGGAGGUCAAUCAAACUAAAAGAUUAUAAACUUCUUGGUGAUGAGGAUGAAAAAGGACUGGUAAAGAGAGCUGACGGAAAAAGAAAAUGUGCGGGUUCUGAAGCUCGCUGUAAAGACUGUGGCAAAGUAUUUAAAUAUAAUCACUUCUUAGCUAUUCAUCAGCGGAGUCAUACAGGGGAGCGCCCUUUUAAGUGCAGCGAGUGUGGCAAAGGCUUUUCCCAGAAGCAUUCUCUUCAAGUCCACGAGCGGAUGCACACUGGAGAACGGCCAUACACGUGCACUGUCUGCAAUAAGGCUCUGACAACAAAGCAUUCUCUUCUGGAGCAUAUGAGCCUACAUACAGGGCAGAAGGCUUUUACUUGUGAUCAGUGUGGGAAAUACUUCAGCCAAAAGAGACAGCUCAAGAGUCACUAUCGAGUACACACAGGCCGUUCACUGCCGGAAUGUAACCAGUGUCGUCGCAAAUUCAUGGAUGCAGCUCAGCUAAAGAAACAUCUAAGGACACAUACAGGUGAGAAGCCAUUCACUUGUGAAAUUUGUGGCAAAUCGUUUACAGCUAAAAGUUCUCUGCAGACUCACAUUAGAAUUCACAGAGGAGAAAAGCCAUAUUCUUGUAGUAUAUGCGGAAAAUCCUUCUCCGAUUCCAGUGCAAAGAGAAGACACUGUAUCUUACACACAGGCAAAAAGCCUUUCUCCUGCCCAGAAUGUAGUUUGCAGUUUGCUCGUCUGGACAACCUGAAGUCUCACUUAAAAAUCCAUAGCAAGGAGAAGCAGUUUCAGGAAGCCAGCGCUGCUCCGAGCACCAACGCUAAUUCAGAAGAAGUGAGAAACAUCCUUCAGCUGCAGCAGUAUCAACUCGCCACCUCUGGAGGGCAGGAAAUUCAACUCCUGGUUACAGAUGCAGUACAUAAUAUAAACUUCAUGCCUGGUCAUAACCAAGGCAUUAGUAUUGUUGCUGCAGAAAAUGCCCCAAGUAUGACAACAGCGCAGGCUGCUAACCUCACACUGCUUGCUCAGCCGCCACAGCAGUUGCAAAACUUGUUGCUUUCAGCUCAGCAGGAGCAAGCAGAACAAAUCCAAAGUAUCAAUGUGAUUGCAAACCAAAUAGAGACUGCCCAGCCUGAACAAAUGCACGUCAUCACUCUUUCCAAGGAAGCACUAGAACAUCUCCAUGCUCAUCAAGGACAAAAUGAAGAAAUCCACUUAGCAGGAUCUUCACAUCCAGCUCAGCACGUGCAGCUGACUCAGGAAUCAAGUCAACAGUCUCACUCUAGUCAAGAUACGGUUCCUUCCCAUCAAAUCAGUGAAGAACAGAAUCAAAGUGUACCUGUUUCUGAAUCCCAUCAGCAGUCUCUGUCAGUAAAUGAGUCAUCUCGCGAGCAUCCUAUUCAAGGACAGGCUUUCUGAAAUGCUUAUUUGUCAUCAGAGGGCUAGGCUAUAGCAUGCUUCUCAUCCAGGUAGUGAUUACACGUAUCAUAACUCUUUUUUUUCUGCAGCAUAAUCUAUCUGAAGACGUAUUUCUUGGUGAUUUUUGAUGGGUGGCUUUCAGUUUUCUUAACCUUAUUUAUUUUAGACUUUUUAAAUUUUUUCCAGAUUGGUAUUUCUCUACCACUUAGUCCAUACCUUACAAGCGGUUAAUGUGCGGUUUUUUGUGCCUCACACACAUCCAUGCCUGCUGAGGAGAUACUUGGCCCCUUACUUGCAUUUCUGUGUGACUCUCCAGGGGAGUGUACCCUGCUGGUAGAAGAACAGUGUUUAAGAUGUCUGCUGAUCAGAAAGUACGACUUCUCUGAUGAAGUCAACAUUACUACUGUUCAGUGUUUGAACAACUAACACCAUGUGUCUUAGAAUCAUAGAAUCAUCUAGAUUGGAAGAGACCCUUGGGAUCAUCGAGUCCAACCAUCUACCCUACUCUACAAAGUCAUCCCCUACACCAUGUCCCUUAGCACUGUAUCUAAACGGCCUUAUAAUGAGCUUUCUCUCUGCAGGUUAAUGUCUAAUUUUGCAUGUGAUCAUUCCCUUAAGUGCAUUUUGAUUUAUUGACUACCAAAUUUGUUUUGGGUUGAAAUUGUUGCAGCAUUUGACUGGCCCUUGAUCGCCCCUUCUGUUUACUGUGUGCUGUACAAGUUUUGCUCCUUGGAAGUGCUUAAGCCAUUGCACUUGAACAAUGGCAGUGAGAUGCGGUGGUUACUCUGGACAACUGAGAAGCCCAAAUUCUGCUCUGUUAGUUCUACCACUCCUCUGUGUGACUGUGGGCAGGGUAACUGACCUCUGUGCCUUAGUUUCUUCAUUUAGUAAGUGGGGACAGUGUUCACAUGCUCCACCAAGCACUUUGAAGAGCUCUUGAUGUUGAAGGCAGUGUCUAUUGAGGUGCAAAAUUCUCUUCCUGACAGGACUCGGUCUAAGCUUAGGAGCCAGUGUAUGUUUAAAGUGUUAUUUUUUUGUACUAUUGAGAGCAGGAUUUAAUGUUACUUUUAAUAUACAUAAAAGCUGGUAAUUGUUUUUGUGGGGAUUUGAACAAUGAAUAGAAUCACUUCAGAGCAUAAUGAGCUGUAUAAAUGGGGCAUAUCGCGCUGCAGUUGUACAGCUAUUUUUGCUGACCAGAUUAGAUGUGUACAGAUUGUUUUCAAUGACUGACUGACUGUUAACACAAAAGAUUUGACAUCUUAAUAAAAUGCCAUGCCGGAAUACAUGCUUUGCAUGUUCAAGUUUGGCUACUGGUCACAUCUCACAUAGUGUACUGGUGUGCUAAAAUCCAGAUAAAAUGCCCCUGCUGCUUAAAGCAACAUGGUCAAUCAUCACUUCAGUUUUAAAAUGUCAUAUUUGUGAUUUACGUUGGUAUUUUGUGUUUUAACAAAUGAAAAAUGAAAAAAAUUAAGGCAUUAGCAGGAGAAUUUAAAAGCAAAACAAAAGAUCUUUGUAUAUGUGUGGCUUAUAUGACUGCUCAGAGAGAGUCACUGGCAUAAAAGCCUAGAGGGUAGAACAAUAGAAAAACUUAAGGUGGAAAGGACUUCCAGAGGCCAUCUCAUCCUCACCUUCCUCAAAGCAGGUACGCCUAGAUCAUGUCACUGUUGUCAGGUUGUUUUGAAUGCUUUCAAGGAUGGAGAUCCACAACCUCUUUAGGCCACCGGUUCCAGUGUUUGACCAUAUUCGCAGUGAAAAAAACGUUUCCUAUAUUUAAUUGGAAUUUCCUAUGUUCUGGUUUGUGUCCACUGCCUCUCGGCCUACCGCUGUGCCUCCAAGAAGUGUCUGGCUCAGUCUUCUCUACACCAUCCCAUUACAUAGUUGAAGACAGCAGUAAGGCUCCCCCAAAGCCUUCUCCUCUUAAGGCCUGAACAAACCCAGCUCUCUCAGCCUUUUCCAUCACAUGCUCCAGCUCUUCAAUCACCUUGGCAUCUUUCUGCUUCCCUCAGUCCAGUGCUUCAGUUCUGUCUUGUUCUGGGGAGCCCAAAUUCUGGGUAACAUUCCUUGUUUGAGUCCAGACUACUCAGCUGGCUCCCAACCAUGUGCUGCUGGCGUUUGGGUGACUGUCUCCAUUUUGUCCAAGUACUAGAUCAGUUUCUUUAUAAAUGGAUCACGAAAAGGGUACACAGUGGGAGUAAAUCAAUACAAAGAAAAUGUCCCACAGCCAAAUUCCAGUUAGGCUUUUUGUGUUUUGUUCUUCCCUCUUGGAAUGGAGAAUUACAGUUUGUACAUUUCUACCACCAAAAAGAACCAGCAUAUUCUGCCGUUGUACUUCAGGAGCUUGAAGUCUUGAUGCUGCAAGAACAGAUGAAAAAAUACAAGUGAAGCUUGUUACAACAUCUGUGAAAAUCUAACUAGUUGUACAAAUUCAAGUUAACGAUAAAUAUUAGGGAGGUUUCAUCCUAACAACUUUGAUUUUCUCUAAAAUACUGUAAUGUGCAGCCAUAAUACUGUCUGAUCAUAAGUUUACAGGAGCUUGCACUGAGGUCCUUCUCUGCUGUAUACUUGGGAACCCUGAAAUGCUUAAAAGCUGGUUACAAGCUAAAUUCCAAGACAAGCAGUAUAAUAACUUAAAUGCUUUCCUCUUUUUGUUGAACUUUGAUUUGUUCAUUAUGAAGUUCUUGCAGGAUGAAGUACGAUGCUACAAUUAUGCUUGAGCCACUCUCACAUAGUGAAUGCUUGAUGUUUUUGCCGUCACUAAAAUUAAUGAAGUUUGGGGUUUGAAUUUUUCUUACGCUUUUCUAUCAAAUUACCAGCAAAGAAGUGAGCUUCUGAGAAUAGCACAGCAGUGACUCACCUUGCACUUGUGUUCCUUAAACUGUCAGCACGGACUGUAGCUUGCGCUUGAGAAGCCCGUGUCAUUUCUCAUACCACAAACGUUGCUUUUUUUGACACCAUUUGCUUCCUUUCUAGUGAAUGCAUUUCUAUUAAAGGUGAAAAUAAAUCC